AUGUCAACUUAGUAUAGAAUACCAUCCAACGAUAAUUAUAUUCGAGACUUAGAAAACAUAUCGCAAAGGUAACUUUAAAAUCAUAAUGAAAAGAGAGCGUCAUGGAUUAUUCAAUCAACCUCCUCCAUUGUUAUUGGGAGACUAAUAUAACGAUGCUAUAAAAAGUAAGUAAUUUCCUUAUUUGCAUCUAGGCAAAGGCAAGGAAAAAGCCAUAUUGGUCAAUACAAAAUUAUAGAAAAAGCAUGAGCCUGCAUUAUUUUAGGAGCCUGGUUACACAACAUUAAAUGAUCCAUACAAAGAUCAAUUUAAAGCAAAAUAAAUUUACGAUAAAGAAAGAGAAUUAGCAAUCAAAAAUCCAAAUUGUUUCAAGCCAAAUGAUCAAAUCAAAUCAAUGUAAUUGUAUUCUUUGAUAUUCAAAGUAAACAUUCUGAAUUCGAACACAUGAAAGAAUUUAAUGAUAAAGUAUUUAAUACAAGAACUCCAACUGGAGAUGUCAGAACGUAAGCCAGAAACUUUUUAACUAAUCCUGCCAAGAAGGGGUUAGGCAGAACCACAUCUAAUAAUUUAUUUGGAUAAAUCGAAUAUAUACCUGAUCCUUAUGAUAGAUAAGAGGAAUUGGAAAGACAAGAAAGAAUUAAGCAUAGGAACAAGUUUUUACCAGGAACUACAAGGUUUAUUACAACAAGUCAUGGUAAUCGACCUUUUACUGCUGAUGGUAUAUUACUUGAUGGAGCUGGAUAUUUAUCUCGUAAAUACUUCAUUCUAAUAAUUAAGAAACAAAAAGACCUUUUUAUAAAGGUGCUCCAUUUAGACCUGCUAACCAAAAUAAAAAAGGAUUUUAAGGAACAUUUGAAGUGCUUUAAUAUAUGGAAGAAGGUGCAGCAGAUCCUAAGACCAAAUAAAAUACUUUUCAAUAAUUGAGUGCAACUCAAACUUAUGAAAAACCUUGGAGACCUAAUUCGAAUGGAACUUUUGCUCGUCCAUGUCCAAGUGUUUCGCAAUAACUAAGAAAUAGAAGUGUUGGAUCAAAUUAAAAAGGGUGA